CCAAAAUGGAGCCGACUCUGCCUCUUCUUGCAACGUAUCCUUUAAAGCCCUCGAAGCUGAAAACGAAGGUUUUAAUCGUUUUCUUCUCUAUAGUUUUGUUUACAGCCUUGCUGGUCCUGCUGCAGCUUAAGUUCUUAAGGCCUAAAGUCAAAGACUUCUAUUCCUUCGAAGUGAAGGAUUUGAAAGGGAGGACCGUUUCCUUGGAGAAGUACAGAGGCAAAGCAACUCUGGUUGUAAACGUGGCUAGUUACUGCCAACACACAGAAAAAAAUUACAUCAUGCUGCAAGAACUCUAUAAAGAGCUUGGACCAUACCACUUCACAGUGCUGGCCUUCCCCUGCAAUCAGUUUGGGGAAACGGAGCCAGGCACAAGCCAGGAGAUCAGUUUAUUUGCAAAAUCAAACUAUGGAGUAACUUUCCCUAUUUUCAACAAGAUAAAGAUUUUCGGAUCUGAAGCAUCACCAGUAUUUAAAUUUCUAAUAGAGUCCUCCAAGAAAGAGCCUAACUGGAAUUUCUGGAAGUAUCUCAUCAGUCCUGAAGGUAAAGUCAUGAAGUUUUGGAGGCCUGAAGAGCCCAUAGAAAACAUCAGACCAGAUAUCACUGCUUUGGUUGCACGGAUCAUUGUGAAAAAGAAAGUAGACCUCUGAUGGGAUGUCUUGUGAAUGCUAUAUGGCAGCAACGCUAGUACAUUCCUGCUCAAUAAUUGUAAAAUCAAAAGAAAACUGGACACUCGGGGGUAUCGCUUGCUGGCUAGUUUCAUGAUAACCUUUGACAGGGCCACUCUUCGGUUUAGGACCAGCUAUUCAACAUGCUGCGUGCAAGUGAAGCAACAAAGAGCACCAAUGCACUAAGCCCUUUGCCCAACUGAGCCUUGGGUACAAUCCCUGUAAAAAUGCAUGACUGGCCUAUCAGGUGAAUGUGUAUUUAAAACGAAGGGGAAAGUUUACAAUGGAUAUAAUCCUGAAAAAAAGUAGUUUGGGUGCUUUCUCAAGUCAGUUCCUGCUGUGUUUAUGCACAAAAGUAAAUACUUUUCACAUCCACUACAGGUAACAAAGGGACGUUCUAGAAAUCUGGCCUUCUUCUUGGGUCAAAGAGAUGAGUGCUUAGCAGUUAGCUGGCUGCCCUUGAGAGCCAUUUCCAUAGUGCUCUCACAAUGCCCAAUGGCUUUGUUGCACUUUGCCUGACCUCGAAUAUUCAUGGGUCAGGUGGAACUGCUGGGAAUAACACAAGCAACAGGCUAGAUGUCUGCAUAAACAACUACUCAGCAUUUAUGAGUGUUGCAAUACAGUCCAUGAUUUCAAUCCGGGAAGCAAGUGGUACAUCUGACAAUCCUCCUGACACAUGCUCACUGUGUAUCAGUCUCAACUGUUCAGAAACAACCAUAAACUGGCAUGGUUUUCCAUGCUGCCAUGGAAAGAGAUAAAGGGCAAUAUUAAUCUCCUAGGCGUGCAAUCCUAUGCAUGUUUAGAUGGGGAGGAAAGUCCUACAACUUCCAGCAUUCCCCAUCCAGCACCGCCGGGAGUUGUAGGACUUUUUUCCAUCUAAACAUGCAUAGGAUUGCGCCCAAAAUCAGCCUCUGCCAAUCUGGUGCUCUCCAGAUGUAUUGGACUACAAUGCCCACCAUCCCCAGCCAUGAGCUCCACUGGCUAUGUUGGGUGGGGAUGAUGGCCAUUGUAGCCCAACUUUUCUAGAGGACACCAGAUCAGGGAAGGCUUUUUAAAAUGGCAAGUCACACUCUGUUCUGGCAGUAGGUUCAAAUGGAGAUGGAAAGCAAAAGCAGUCCAUUUCUAAUAGGGGCCCAUUCUUUAAAGGGCCACUGGCUAAUGCCUGAAUGCAGCGAGGGUUUUGUGUAGAUCUACUUCAUGAAUAGUAACGGAGGCUGUUGCAGAACAGUCCCCUUAUCAGCUGCUAUUCUAACAGAGCCCCAGUUACUGUCCACAUGAUGGAGAAGCAGGUUAGGCUUCAAAUAGUUGUGUAUCAUUGGGUGAGUUUGCAUGAUUGCAAAGGGGAAAUAAGCCACGGUAGCUUAUUUUCCCUCCACACACAUGCCGGUCGCCAGCUGCCUUACACUCGCUGGGCGUGGAUUGUCAUGAUAUCCCAAU